AUGACUGCAUUGGAAAAAAAUAUACGGCAAGACAUCGAGAUGCAAACCAAUGAUUCAGCUAAACUUCCAUCUUCCUCUACUGGAACAUCUUCUUCAAAGAAUACAAAAACUCGUAUACCCUUUUUGAGAUCUUUGAGUUCACCAAAAUCAACCACUAUGCUGAUUGAUUAUUUCUCUCCCAAGAAAUCAGUUGAUAGUGCAUCCAUCCUAAAGAAAGAUGACAUUGAAUCAGCCAUUUAUAACGUUUCCGAUUCUGAUGUUACUGAUGUCGAACAUGAUUUGGCAUCAUCUUAUAACCCAUAUGAUAAGAAAGAUGAAGAAACCCCAGAGGAAGACUUGUCUUUCCCUGAAGGUGGUAAACAGGCUUGGAUUGCCGUGUUUGGUUGUUUCUGUGGGUUUGUGGCUUGUUUUGGUCUUUUGAAUAGCUUGGGUGCUAUAGAAACACAAAUUCAGAAAUAUCAAUUGGCUGAUGAAUCUUCUUCUACCAUCGGUUGGAUAUUUUCAUUACAGUUAUUCUUCACUUAUACCUCUUGUAUUUUAUCUGGUACUUAUUUUGAUAGGAAUGGGUUUAAAGUUCCUGUCAUUAUUGGAACCGUCUUACACGUUGGUGGUCUAUUUGGUGCUGCAAACUCUACAAAACUUUGGCAUUUCAUCUUAUCAUUUGCUAUCUGUGUAGGUAUUGGUAACGGUAUCCUUAUGUCUCCUUUGGUUUCUGCUCCAUGCCAUUAUUUCAAUAAAAGACGUGGUCUUGCUACUUCAUUAUCCACUGUUGGGGGUUCCAUAGGUGGGGCCAUUUAUCCAAUCAUAUUAAGAGAAUUAUUUAACAAGACUCAUCCAAAUGAUCCAAAUUAUGGAUAUUGUUGGGGGGUCAGAACUUUAGCCUUCAUGGAUUUGUUUCUUUUAUCCAUCUCUAUCUUAUUAGUUAAAGAAAGAUUAAAGCCCACAAUCCCGCCGUUACCCGAUAAGACUUUCAAAACAAAAUUCGAUAAUUUCGUUCAAGUUUAUUUAAAGAAUAGUUUUGAUAUUUUUGCUUUCAAGGAUAUGAGAUAUCUCUUUUGUGUUCUGGGUACAGUCAUGGGUGAAGUAUCCAUUUGUUCUAGUAUAACUUAUUGGGGUACUUAUUCUAUUUCCAAAGGGGUUUCUGAAAAUAAUGCCUAUAUCAUCAUCAUGCUAAUUAACGUCAGCGGUAUCCUAGGUAGAUGGAUCCCAGGGUAUUUUAGUGAUUAUGUUGGCAGAUUCAAUGUGGCAAUCCUUACUUUAUUCUUAUUGUCGUUAGUAGAAUUUGUGGCUUGGUUACCCUUUGGCACUAAUUUAAAUAACAUGUAUGGUAUCAGUGUUCUUUAUGGGUUCUUCUCCGGUAGUAUCUUUUCCCUAUUGCCAGUUUGUUGUGGUCAGAUUUCCAAGACUGAGGAGUUUGGUAAAAGAUAUGCUACAAUGUACUUUGUUGUUGCAUUUGCUACUUUGGUCAGUGUACCAAUCUCAGGUGCUAUCAUCGGUGGUGAAUCUUCUCAUGAAUACCAACACUAUAUCAUCUGGUGUGGUAUCACAGCCUUCGCUUCUGGGUGUUGUUUUAUCGUGUCAAGAUACUUUUCUGUUGGAUUUAAAUUAGUUAAAUUUUAA